AUGCAUACUGUUAAUUUUGACGGGGUGCAAAAACUGUGUGAGACCUGCAAGGGGUGGUCUAUGGAUCGCCUUGAGUGCGAGACGUGUGGACUUCGCAAACGCAGUUUUACCACGGUACAAGCGUUUUGCGACUGGCUGUUCGAUGGGAGUAAUGCAGGCUACACGUUUUUGGCACACAAUUUCAAAGGUUACGAUUCCUAUUUCAUCCUAGAAUACCUUUUUACGAAUGGCUUUAAACCCGAAGUGAUUUUCACCGGAGAAAAGGUGAUGUACCUGAACAUCAAGUCGUUGCGGAUCGACAUGAAGUGCACUCUGAACUUUCUGCAGAUGCCUUUGAGCAAGCUCCCCAAAGCUUUUGGGUUUGAUCACGUGACCCAAAAGGGAACGUUUCCUCAUUUUUUCAACACCCCCGAGCACCAAGACUACGUGGGUCCCAUGCCCGACUUGAGUUAUUACGACCUUCAAGGGAUGAAAGAAGACGAUGCCCGCGCCCUACGUGCCUGGCACCAAGCCUCAGUGGCUCGUGGCGCCGUGUUUUACUUGCAAGAGGAUCUCGCUUCGUACUUUCAUCUGGACGUUGAGGUGUUCAAGAGAGCGGUACUCGCUUUCGACGAGCUCAUCAUGGCCGCUGCAGGUCUUCACCCGUUCCAGUGGUUGAAGUACAUCGAACAUCGCGAGGGAGAAGGAGUGUUUAUUCAGCAUGCAGGGAACCGUGGCGAAGUGCGUUUGGCAGGUCGGAUCAAGGUGGACGGGUACGCCGAGUCUACCAACACGGUGUACCAGUACCACGGGUGUUUCUACCACGGUUGCACCACGUGUUUCCAGCCUCACACCGUCAACCCUUUGACGAACACCACGAUGCAAGAGCUUCGCAAGCACACGUUCGCGGUGGAGUUGCGUCUCAAAGCUCACGGCUACAACUACGAGGAGGUGUGGGAGUGGAGGACCAACGCGAUUCGACUGCAUUGCGAAGCCAACGAGGAGCAGGGCGAAGAGAUUCACUACUAUGACUUUACUUCGUUGUACCCGUGGGUCAAUGCCAUAUGCGAGUACCCCGUGCGGCACCCCGACGCGAUCCUUACCGAGAAUUUCGAAGAAGAUCUUCACGCGUACAAGGGACUGAUGAAGCUACGUGUUUUACCGCCUCGCGACCUAUUCUUCCCCGUCCUCCCUGUCCGCGUCAACGACAAGUUGAUGUUCCCUCUGUGUCACCGGUGUGCCCAAGAGAAGGAGCAAGGCUCGUGCACGCAUUUGGACGAGGAGCGGGCGUUCACGGGAACGUGGGCCCACCCCGAGAUUUACAAAGCUCUAGAGAAAGACUAUCGCGUGAUCCGUGUGUGCGAGGUCUGGCAUUGGGAGCGCUGGGCACGGUUGUUUGAAGAGUACAUCAAGACCUUCUUGAAGUACAAACAAGAAGCGUCGGGCUGGCCCGCCUGGUGCACCACCGACGCCGACAAAAUGCAGUACGUCGACUAUUACGAACGCCACCAAGGCGUCCGUAUGGAUCCUAGCAAGAUCGAGAAGAACCCAGGCCUCCGCUCCGUGGAAAGAUGGGCCUGA